AUGGCAAAGACAAAGAAGCACUUCAAUGCUUACAACUUCUUCAUUAGCUUUCUGGUAUCGUGUGGACAGCUGGCAUUUGGAUAUCCUGCCUCUAUCAUUGGCGUCACACUAGCACAACCGCCGUUUCUUGUCUAUAUGGGACUUCUUGAUCCUACCACGGCCACAUUAACUCCUCAUGCAGAUCAGCUCAUUGGUGCUACUUCAGGCGUCUUCCAGGCCGGAGCAUUUAUCAACGUCUUCAUUGCAGGAUGGAUUUCAGAUAAAUGGGGUAGGAAGGCUGGUUUCUACUGGUGUUCGUUGCUAUCUUUGGUAGGUGGAGCGAUGCUGUGUGGCAGCGUGAACAUCACCAUGUUCAUCGUUGCUCGCUUCAUCGCAGGGGCUGGCAGCUGGGGUUUCUUGUCAGUGACUCCAGCAUAUUCCGCUGAACUCGCUCCACCUGAUCUACGUGGACUCAUGGUCGGGCUGAACGGCAUCAACAUUGCUCUGGGUUACGGUCUCGCUUCCUAUAUGGGUCUCGCCUUCUUCUACAGUGAUGACCCCGUAGCACAAUGGCGAGCGCCCCUAGGUAUUGCAUUAGUGUUUCCUGUCCUGAUGAUCCUGAUUUGCUUCGUCGUACCAGAGUCACCAAGGUACCUAUUGAUGAAGGGGAGAGUAGAGGAAGCCAGAACCAUCACUAUGAGGCUACAUACGAUGAAGGGUGAUCCUGAUCAGGAGUUUGCGAGAGAAGAGUUCUACCAAAUGUCCAAGCAAGCUGAGGUGGACCGCAAACUAGACCCAGGCUGGAUCGAGCUCUUUCGACGACCAUCUUAUCGCAAACGAUGCGUUCUGGCGAUGUCGUUCGCUUUUAUUGGACAAUCGACAGGUGUUCUCGUUUUAAACAAUUAUGGACCAACCAUCUAUGCUGCCCUUGGGUACGAUACCGAAUACCAGCUCAUCUUCCAAUGUGGCUGGAUCAGCGUUGGCAUAAUCUUCAACGCAGUCGGUGCUCUUAUCAUGGAUUGGACAGGCCGCAGACCCCUUCUCUUGCUUGGUGUCGGUGGCUGUUGUGUAUCUCUCAUCCUGGAAGCUGCAAUGGUCGCUACAUACGCAGAGACGAACAGCGGUAACUCGGCCGGUCUGCAGAUGGGUGUAGCAGCCGCUUACUUGUUCCUCGCUUUCUACAGCGUCGGUGUAGAUGUUGCAGGUGUUGUGUUCUACUCAGAGCUAUUUCCCAACCACAUCCGCGCUAAGGGUAUCGCCCUCAGUAUUGCUACGAUUGCUUUGACAGAUCUCGUCUAUCUCCAAGCGACUGCGACUGCUUUUGCUAACAUUGGCUGGAAGUUUUACCUACUUUUCAUCAUCAUUUCUGGGCUUGGCACGAUUGCUGUUUACUUUUUCAUACCUGAGACUAAAGGCAUUCCAUUGGAAGAGAUGGCAGCCGUGUUUGGAGACACGGAAGACAUUGCUGUGUACUCAGCUGAUAUUCACCUCGAUCACAAUACUCAUGAGCUAUAUGUGGAUGAGCAUGGGCAGCAGCAAACACGGAGAAUAGCCACAGGAGAAGAGGGUGCAAAUACGUAUGAAAGUACCGAAAAGAAAGAGGCAGCACACGUCGACAAGGUCUAG